CGGGCUAAAGCAGGAGAAAAAAAUGGCCGCAAUUGAAGAGCUUUCCCCCGCUGCGGGCCCGGUGUCUACCCGGCCCCCCGAGGACGAGAUUGACGACGAUGAAGAUGAAGACCUGGACGAGACACUGAUGGAGAGGUUGUGGGGCCUGACAGAGAUGUUUCCUGACACAGUCCGAACAGCUGCUGAGGUGUCUGCGCAAUGCUCCGUCUCACUGGCCAAGAAGUUUUACAGUUUUUCCCGGUCUGCGCUCUGGGUGGGUACUACCUCCUUCAUGAUCCUGGUGCUGCCUGUUGUGUUUGAGACAGAAAGACUACAGCUGGAGCAGCAGCAGCUACAACAGCAGAGACAGAUCCUGCUGGGGCCCAACACUGGAAUGUCUGGUGGGAUGCCGGGCAUGAUGCCUCCUGCACCUGGCAAGAUGUGAGAGAUGGAAACAACCAGUGUAAACCUGAUAUCGGCCGUUAGCAAUACAGCACAGCCGGUCGCGAGGAGAGACGGAGAGACCACGGAGAAGAGCGAAGAUCUGCAGUCAAAAGAAAGCUGGAUGUCAACACGGCAAGAUUGGGCUUUCUCCAACAUAUGGGAUUGGAGGAAGAGGAUGUGAUGCGUUUCUAACACUUCUCUCUCACUGUCUCUCCUUACUCCAACAUCAUGCAGAGACUUAUUUCCAGGAGCACUGCUCCUGUUUUGUUUCUUUUUUCUUUUUUUAAAUCAACAUUAAUAAUGUGUUCUUUAGGGGAUAGCAGAUACUUGUGGAUAAAUUGAAAGGAAAAAAUAUCUGAAGGUUACCAAUUGUAUGUCUUGGUGUUUGCAGUCUGAAGAAUGUUGGGAUGCUUGCAGUAUGUUGGCUGUUUUGCUCAUCAUCAUGCGCUCGCUGGUCCACUUCUGUGUGAAUUAUGUCAAUACAAUGACAGACAGGUCUGAUGCUUGCAGAGCAUACUGUAGACAAUAUUUACUGAUGGGAAUUCAGUCUACGGAAUGCUCUCUGUAGACUCCGCUUCACAGUUCACUGUUAUGGAUGUAUGUCACAAUGUAUUGCCUCUCAUGUCAAACUGGCCACCAGUUACUGGUUUUAUCGCAUUUCUCUGGUUUUAAACAAGGGUUGUAUAAUGCAGCGACACCAGAUUCCAGGUUGUUCAAUCAUUCAGAGAUUGCUGUGUUGCUUUUCUCCAGAAAGUUUGUGAAGUGCAAAAUGAUUUUUGUCAGUUAAGACAGGGAACAUGUCAUUGUGUUUGUGGACGAAUGUGUAUGUGGUGGUUGACAAAGUUAAAUGUCUCAAUAUUACUGUGACAUGUCCUGUCUUAAGGGUAUGUUCUUUUCUAUGUUGUGACAAUUUCCAAUCUCUUACCUCUGUUCAGUAAGCAAGCCCACGUCUCUGUUUUGCAUUCAACAUGACUGCAGUCAUUAAAACACCAAAUCAAAUGUAAA